AUGUUUGUCCCGAUCUCUCAAAUGUUCGCAGCAGGGACCCCGUGUAUGGAGAUUUGCCAAAUGCGCUUUUUCGUCGCGUUGAUAUGCUUGUCGCUGCUUCUCCCAAUUUUUGAUGCCAUGUUAUUGCCGCCGAUGAAGCCGAGGAAAGGUGUUCUUCCGGAAGGCCCGAUUCCUCAAGCAUGCUGCCAAGUAAUGUGCUAUCCAUAUGACACGUGUGUUUGCUGUUUUGUCGACUACGACUAUUGGAACGGCCAAGAAGUCGUCACUUCAAAAGGAGUACCCGAUUGGCUAACGAAAAAUGAAACCAAAAAGCCA